CUAUCUUUCAGGCAAGCUAUCGCUGCCUCGGGGAUACCAGCGUGCACAACCACAAACUCUUGGCCACGAUUAUACGAGGACAUCUUCACGUCGGUGUUUGACCAAUUCGACACGACGCGACCCAUCGACCGCGUGUCAUGCGCGCAAUGUGCCCUCGUAUGUAGGGCCUGGACGGAACCUGCAUCCAAGAUGCUAUGGAGAUCACUUUGGGGCUCCCUCCUGCCAUUGUAUGCCAUCUUGUUACCUGUACCAGACGCCGUCCGAAGAUGGCACAUUGGAAGCUUCCACGGGUCUCAAGGACCGCUUUCAUACAUCGAAUACAUCCAUAAGGUUCUAGACGUAAGGUCUUUCGAUGAUUCGGCAAUCUGGACUUCGUUCCUGCGUUGCGCAUCUCGCAUCCGUCACAUCCUGGACUGGGAUCCCGGGUUUGACCUCCGUGUCCUGCGCGUUCUGUGCGAUCGCAACGGGGAGAAGACAAUCCUUCCGUCCCUGCAAUCCUUAUCCUGGGCCGAUGAUCCAGGAUGUCGUAGCGAUGAAGCUCUGCCCCUACUAGCUCCCCCGUCGCUGAGGCAUAUGAUAUACCGCGUCGACUCAGUCACACCCAUCGAAUUCGUUGGAACUACGUUGGCCAACGUGUUUUCCAAGGCUCCAUACCUGUCCUCCCUCACCAUCCUCGUCGAUGAACGCCUUUCCCAAAGGCUAUCGCUUCUCCCCUUCCUUUCGCACUUUCAGCAACUUCGUCGUUUGGCCCUUUCCGGAUGGCAGGUGGUCACACCGUCUUCCUUCACCGACUUCUCGUCCUCGCUUACACUCGAGCAUCUUGACUGCCAUCUCGAGGGAUUCGAGGGUAACCAAAACAUCGAGUCUGCGCUCGAGGUCCCAAACCUUAUGUUGCUGAAGCUCACUGGAACGCGUAGCGUCAUGCAGGGAUUCCUGCGCUCCCUUCGCGCACCGCGCGUUCGGGAGCUAGACUUGACAGUCUGGGAGCCGGACCCCGAGCAUGGACACUGCGCUAACGCUGAUUUGUGCGGUCAAAUCGCAGGUGCCCAAUUCUCCCAUACCUUGCAGAGGCUCAACCUCCGCUUCCGAGGACCUCUCGACAACGCAGCCGCCCAGGGCCACCUCUCGGACUCGAGCCAGACGUCUCUCUCAGCCAUCGUGCGUCCGCUUCUCUCGCUCAAAUCCCUGCGUCACUUCACCCUGCACUACCUCUGGAAGGACACUGCCCUGACGGACGCGACGAUGACGCUCAUGGCCGAGGCGUGGCCGGGGAUCGAGGAGAUCAUGCUCAGUAUGCGCGAAACGGCGCCGGCUCGCUCCCCCAGGCCCACACCUCUAUCGCUUUCCAAGCUAUCCCUUCUCUGCCCCAAUCUCCGCGUUCUCUCCAUCCCUAUUGACCUGGAGCAUGCCGACGCGGGGGCGUGCACUCCAGCCCCUAACGACUGCGAGACCACUCCGGGCCGUUCGCGACCUCAUCCGCUCAAGAAACUCGAUAUCCUCGGUCAGAGGUGCCUGACGACGCCGGAAGCGGAGCUCAUGCGGUUCGCACAGUUCCUCCACCGCCUGUUCCCCUGUCUCGUUCCUCGGUCUCCGGUCACCUAUGCGUUAAUGGUGGAUCGCUGGGAGAUCGUUUGGGACAAGUUUCGCUCCUUGUCUGCUAUGGCGUUAGAAAGAGGCGAAGUCGAUGCGGGUGCUCCGUCUCUGUUUACUCUUACAUAG